AAGAAACACUGAAAUGUUUGUCAAAUAACAUAUAUACGUAUUCUGUUUGCUUUAUCAAAGACAUCCGUUUCGGUCAAAACUUCCAAAUCAAAAAACAAACAAGAUGUCCGAUAUCAAUCUAGUUGCUUAUAAUAGAUUCCGACGAGAUCUGGCCAAAAUAUUCAAUACUUUCAAUUCGUCCACUCAAACCGAUUUUACCGAGGAUAUUGGCAUAGACUCCAACCUUGAUCGCAAAGAUUCCGAAUUAACGCUUUCCAAUUUCUACGAUCUGGAAUUGGAUUAGCGAAGAAGA